GUUGUGGAGAGACARGAAGACUUGUUGGCUCAGGCAACUGGAAUAGAGUCUCUUGAAGGUGUUCUUCAGAUGAUGCAGAUCAGGAUAAGUGCUCUGCAGGCUGCUGUUGACAGGAUAAGAUCAAAGAUUGUUGAUCCGUAUAACAAGAUUGUGGCCAGAAUCACCCAGUUAUCCAGACUGCAGGUGGCCUGCGACCUGCUGCGGAGGAUCAUUCGCAUCUUGUAUCUGAGCAAGAGGUUGCAGGGACAGCUGCAGGGGGGCAGCAGGGAGCUCACCAAGGCUGCUCAAAGUCUCAAUGAACUAGAUUACCUGUCUCAAGGUGUGGAUAUGAGUGGCAUUCAGGUUAUAGAGAACGACUUGCUGAUGAUCAGCAGAGCCAGGCUGGAGGUGGAAAACCAAGCCAAGAGACUGCUGGAGCAGGGCAUGGAGAUCCAGAACCCAACCCAGGUGGGCACAGCCUUGCAAGUCUUCUAUAACCUUGGCAGUAUAAGAGAUACCAUUAACUUUGUUGUGGAGGGCUACAAAACCACCAUAAAGGACAACAUCAGCAGCGCUCUUGACAUCAAGGGUCUGACACAACCAGCUAACCCCAGAGGUGCUCCUGGCAGAGCAGUGAUGCCAACACCAGGAAACACAGCAGCCUUCCGUGCUGCAUUAUGGACAAACCUGGAAAAARUAAUGGACCAGAUAUGUGCUGCAUGUAAACAGGUGCAGCACCUGCAGAAAGUUUUGAUGAAGAAGCGAGAUCCUGUCAGUCAUGUGUGCUUCAUUGAUGAUAUUAUCAAGGAUGGUCAGCCUGAUAUUCUCUACACUUUCUGGAUUGAUGUUACCAACACACUCAGUGAUGAGUUUCACAGAGCAACUGAAGCCUCCUCCUUCCUAAAGCAGGCCUUUGAAGGAGAAUAUCCUAAAUUGCUGCGACUUUACAAUGAGCUGUGGCGCCGCUUGCAUCAGUACAACACCAGUCUGCAGGGUGCUUGGAUCAGCAGUGGAGGCUUGGAAUCCUCUCUGGACAUCACUACUCCAGAAAUAGACAGCCUGGACCUCUUCACACAGGGCAAACAGGACUACAACCCAGAGAAGGCUCUGAAAGACUCUCUUCAGCCAUACGAGGCAGCCUACCUCUCCAAGUCCCUGUCCCGCCUGUUUGAUCCCAUCAACCUUGUAUUUCCCAUGGGAGGUCGCAACCCACCCUCCAACGAUGAGCUCGAGAGUAUCAUUAAGACCAUCAGCAGUGAACUGAAUGUAGCGUUGGUAGAUCCAAACCUCUCUCUUGCUGUGGCCAAGAACGCUGCCAAAACCAUCCAACUCUUCUGUGUCAAGUCUGAACAGCUGCUCUGCACUCAGGGUGAUGCCAGCCAGGUGAUUGGUCAGUUAACAGAGGGCCAGAGGAGGAAUAUCGCUGUGGUCAACUCUUUGUACCGCCUGCAACAAGCUGCAAUCAAGAUUGUCUCAGGUUUGGGAGCAUGUCCGUCAGCUACAGUAGACGCCCUUUCUUCUUCUUUGGAGGGAGUGCAGGCCUUGAUGAAUAACGCCGUGCAGCCCCUCAUCCAGUCUGUUAGUGACUCUAUUGAAGCCAUCAUCAUCACACUUCACCAAGAAGACUUCUCAGGGCCUGUGUCCAGCUCUGAGAAGCCAGACACCCCGUGCUCCUUGUACAUGAAGGAACUGCAGGGUUUCAUCUCCAGAGUCAUGACUGACUACUUCAGGCAGUUUCAGUGUGUGGACUUCAUCUACAGCAGGACUGAGUCUGUGGCUCAGAGAGCCAUCGAGCUGUUCCUUCGCCACGCCACCCUGCUGCGGCCUCUGGGAGAAGGUGGGAAGAUGAGGCUGGCUGCAGACUUCGCUCAGAUGGAAAUGGCAGUGGCUCCUCUGUGCAGGAGAGUGUCCGAUUUAGGGAGGCCGUACAGGAUGCUGCGUUCCUUGAGAGAGCAGAGUGGUCUAUCGCACGMUACUCCCAGUGGCUGGACGACCACCCGUCUGAGAGAGACAGACUGAACCUCAUUAGAGGAGCCCUCGAGGCCUAUGUGCAGGUGGUCCGAACUCGGCAGGGAAAAGAGUUUGCCCCCAUCUAUCCCAUCAUGCUCCAGCUGUUACAGAGAGCCACCAGUGGAGGUCAGGAAGCCAAAGCCUGAAGAGGACGCUGUUCUGUAGAAUCAGCUGAAGUUUAACUGAGUUCACAGUCAGUCUGAGAAGUUAUUUAAUCUCAGUGGAAUAAACUAGUUAUAUCUGCAGAGAGCUGAAGAAAAAAACWGUUUGCUGGUGUUGGUGUAGUUCUGUUCAUUAUAACCUGUAUCUUACAAUAAAUGAGUUUCAAUUGACAA